AUGACACUGAAAUUCGAAGUUUACGUGGCUCCUCAAAUUGAUGUCAACUACAACAUCACUCUACCAAUCACAGGAGCGGUAAAAUGGUCUCCAAUAUCAUCCACUCUAAUUUACGGUGAAAAUGAAGCGAUUCUGGUCGACACUCCUAUCACCUUUGAGCAAAAUGAAGAGCUCAUUGAGUGGGUGCUAUCGAAGCUUGGCAAUCGUCAACUUACAAGAAUUUAUAUCACCCACGGCCAUGCAGACCACUUCCUGGGCAUCUCGCUUUUCAAAAAGCGUUUCCCUGGCAUUCAAGCUGUUGCAACUCUUGGCACAGUCGAACAUAUGAAGCAACAGCUUGAGCCGGCUAUAUGGGAUGCACGAUGGGCCGUAUACUUCCCUGGAAAGGUACCCGAAAAAGCCGAUGUUGAGAUGGCCGAGCCUCUUACGGGGAGUAUAAUAUACGUGGAUGGGUACGAGGUCAAGGUCAUUGAGCUUGGACAGACCGACACACACUCCAGCACGGCCCUUUGGGCUCCGGACCUUGAGCUCGCCGUAUGCGGAGACUGCGUGUACGGUGAAGUCCACCAGAUGCUAGGAGAGGUAGCAACCCCUGAGAAGCGAAAACAGUGGAUCAAAGCUAUUGAGACUAUCAAGACACUGAACCCGAAGUGGGUUGUAGCCGGACACAAGCGGCCCGAUGGAGAGGACUCACCCCGGUUCUUGAACACAACAAUUCAAUAUCUCCUGGACUUUGAGGAAAUUGUUAGAGGAAAACCUGAAUCAAGUUAUAUUUUGUUUGAAAAGAUGAUGGAAAAGCAUGGUGAAAGAUUGAACCCGGCUGCCUUAGAAGUUGGUUGCCAUGCAGUAAUUGCCCAGGUUAACGAAAAAGAGGCAUAG